AUGUCGUCAAGCCGAUAUUUCCCCUCCAAAGUACGUAUCUACGCCACCUUCGACACCGGUUGCUACGUAUCCUUAUUAUCUUGUAUUAUGCAUCUCAUUUCGUUGGAAGAUGCUACAGCAGUCCCUUGUCGAUUCUUGUCAUGGAGAUACGUGCAUCCCCGAUUCCAAGACUCCCAAGCACUCGGAUCCUUGACGGAGAGUUCCCACGCCAAGUCUACGCGACGCGUGAGGUACGUGGCCCUGCGCAUCUUGGCCUUGGAGAUUCUCAGCGGAAAUCGCCCGGCGGAACAGGAUAAAAAUCCGGAAGCUUAG